AUGGCAGGUCCCGACUUCGAUCUAACCUCGAUCCAUGUAACCCUGCCCAGGGUGUGCGAGUACUGCCACGCGUCGGUGGUCGACGAGCCGCUCCCCGACAUCGUGCUGAUGUUCUACAGCCCGCAGGAGUUCUACGACGAGGAGCACCGCGACGUGGAGUACAUCUGCACGCGGUGCCAGCUGUCGGACCAGGCGGGGGUGUACGACGCGCUGCGGGCGGUGUACGACGCGCGGGAGGACAUGUUCACGACGGCGAUGUUCGAGGGGCUCAUCAACGACCUGCACGUGUCGGGGGCGCUCGCGGAGCCCCGGCCCUGGCGCGACCUGCAGCCGAUCGUGUGGAAGUGGCGGUACCGCAUCCGCUUCGGCGUGCUGUUCCAGCAGGUCGAGCUCGUGCUCAACACCGACUGGGCCGUGACCUACUUCCGGAGCGUCGCCGAGGCCGCCUUCAAGGCCGUCGACCACACCAUGUUCGGAACCAACGACCCGCGCUCCGACGACGCCGCCCUCAGGCAGGCUGUCGACGGCGUUCGCCAGUCCAUGAUCGACUCCGUCCACGGCCCCGAGGGCUUGGAGUCCAUCUUUAAGUAUCUGGAAGAGCUGCUCCAGGCCCACGGCUACGACACCCAGAUAAGCCCGCCCGAGCAGGUGUACGUCCCGCGGGAUGCGGAUGGUGAGGAUGGUCAACCCGAGGCGACCUAA